UUGAGGAACAUAUGCAGCUAGAGAAAAAGGAACCCUAGGCGAGAGCAGUUUUAGCAGAGUGAGCAGAGGAAAGAGCAAAGAGGAAGAAGGAAAUUUUUGAUUGCGAUUUUAGAGAGAAUUUGAAGGAUGAGUGAGAGGAACAAUAAACGAAAGAGACAGAGAAACAAACGCUUUAAGGAGGACCCACAAAUUCUUCCUUCUCCUUCCCAUUCUUCUAAGCGCUCAAAGUUGAAGGAACCCUCUUCCUUUCUCGACAAGAUGCGAGCCAGGUUGUCUGGGGGCCAUUUCAGGAUGAUUAACGAGAAGCUCUACACUUGCACUGGGGAGGAGGCGCUGGAUUAUUUCCAGGGAGAACCGUCGUUGUUUAACUUGUUGCAUCUAAGGCUAACCUUCAAAACGGAUAAGUAUCAUGCAGGAUACAAAUCGCAGAUGUCAAAUUGGCCUGAACAGCCAGUUAAUGUGAUUAUUAAGUGGCUGAAAAAACAGAGCCCUUCUUUUGUCAUUGCUGAUUUUGGUUGUGUUUCCAUUCUAGGGGAAGCACUCAUUGCUAAAAGUGUGAAGAAUAAAGUCUUCUCUCUGGAUCUCGUCUCCAAUGAUCCAAAUGUAAUUGCUUGUGAUAUGGCAAAUUCUCCCCUUGUCUCCUCAUCUAUCGACGUAGCUGUCUUCUGUCUUUCAUUGAUGGGAACAAACUACCAAAGUUACCUUGAAGAAUCAUAUAGAGUUCUUAAGCCAGGUGGCUAUCUUUUGAUAGCAGAAGUAAAGAGCAGGUUUGAUCCAAAUAAUGGAGGAGCAGACCCUGAAAAGUUUUCAAAUGCUAUUUCUGAGCUAGGUUUCAAGUCUGUAAAACAGGACUUCUCAAAUAAAAUGUUUAUUUUGUUUUACUUCACAAAAAAGGAAAAGCAAAUAUCUAAGAAGAAAGAAAUUGAAUGGCCAAUGCUUAAACCGUGUUUGUACAAGCGACGAUGAGAUUAUAAUAUUUUUGUUUAUUUUUUCAUUUUUGGUAUACUUAAUGUUAUUUAGAUGAGAAUUAAACCUCUCUUUUUAAACGUUAGCAUGGCUAGUAGUAAAUCACCUCGACCUCAUUCCUAUUAUUUGAUUUUAAAUGCUUAUAGGGAGUUGCUUGGUUUACAAAUCUACCAUGACCACUUAUUGUAUAUCAGAUAGAGUGACUUCACUUAAAAUCUUUUUUCCCCUUUGGAUUUUGUAUGUUUGGUUUAAAAAUGCUUGAAAUUUUUUUGUUUG